AUGUCUUCUAACAUAUAUUUAACAUAGACUUAAAUUCAUGAUUUAUUUAAGCCUUGUGAAACCAAAAAAAUUGAACUUAAAACAUUAGAAAUCCCCUCAUUUGGAGAUGAUAAUUCAAAUUAAUUAUCACCUGAGUUUCAGUAGGAAGUAUGCGAAUUUGAUUAUUAUUUAAGGCAUAUUAUUUUCUUUCUAGUUGCAAAAAAGAUGAAAACUACACUACAAAUCCAACAAAUAACACAAACCGUCACUUAAGUUAGGAUUCUAUAAUAGAGUUAAAAGAUGAUACAGUUAGAAGUAUGUAACAAUGUAUAUUUAGUUCAGUAUCGAAGACUGAAUAUGAAAGUUUGAAGAGAGAUGCUUAACAUUAUAAGGCUUUAAUGAAAUUGAAUCUUAAAUUAAAGGCUAAUAAACAAGUGAAAAAUCAAGCUAAUACUUAUUAAUGUACUAAUUAUUCUUAUAAUCUAUUAGCCCAAAUUUAUGUAGUAUAAGAAUGCAAUAAGAAACUGUAGGGACACAUUUAUGAACUUCUAUAAACGAUCAAAAUUUUGGAAGCUGAAAAUUAAUAGUAUUCUGAAGAUUUAUUAAUACUGAGAUUGUAAAUACAGGAUUAAUUAAAAAUUAUAUAAUAAGGUAAGAUUGAUAUUGAGAGAUUAAAAAUAACAAUGAUUGAAAAAGAUGAAAGUCUAAUUGAAUUACAAGACAAUUAUAAUAAACUAUUUAAAGAGACAGAAAGGACAAAGAAUUCUAAAAGUGCUUAAAGAAGUACAUAUGUUUCUACUCAUACUUCUAGUCCUUUAUUCAAAGGGCUAUCAAGAAUUUGUCUUAAUAAUUACUGUAAUACAAGUUUUGUUAUUGAACAAUAGCGAUGA